UCAAGGCAGCGGUAUGUAUUAUAAAAAUUGUGAACGUGUGCAGUGCUAAGGGAUGUGACUGCAAAAGCAAUACCCACUGGAAACUCUAAGGGUCGCUUUCCAACAGAAAAUCUGCCACCGGAGGCUACAUCACCCGAGAUUCAAUCGACUAAUUAAAUCAGAAAUGGAGACACUCGGCAGGGUCAAAUCUAAAAGCUCACGUGGACCAAAAUUAGAUGCUGGUGGGAAAAUUGCCGUAGUCAAUCAUGAUCAUUCUUAUUCGAAGAAUGCUGAGAAAGCAAUGUCAACAGACAUCAAAAUGGAAUCUUCAGAGCUUCUUGACAACAGCGUCAACAUUGACUGUGACCUAAAAGUAGCUGACCAACAUUUGAGACGUGAUGAGCCUGAUAUAGAUCAGAAUGAGGAGAACUUUGAAAGAAAAGAUGAGAACUUGUCAAGGACUUUUAAGAGAAUGAACAGCCAAGAUUCUCCUACGCCAAGGAAAAAAAGGUUACAAGUGAACUCGGAAGAACAAUCCCACAAAGGCAUAAAUUCUUCAGAUGAGAAGAAGGCACAAUCAGACAACUAUGAACAGUUAACUCGCGCUGAACUUAUCAAAUUGCUCCUCCUCAGGGAUAAACAAAUCAAAGCUCUGACCAUCAGGAACAACAUUCUCAAAAGAAAAGGUGAGCUUUGGAGUGCCAUGGCCAGAGAGAAUGUGCAACUGAUAAACAAAAUUAAGGAGCUGAAUGACCUGCUGAGACACCUUGAGGAGGUGAACAAAUAUAAGUAUAAGUUAAAUGUAAUUAACCUUGCUUAGUAUAAAAGCAUGAUUAAUAAAAUGAAUUAAAUUCACAUUAACAUUCUUUUGUUAUACUGAAUUGUUUUUGUUAAAUUUGAUGGAAAGUGGCCCCUUCAUAUGAACAAAAUUUCAUGAUGCAGAAAUAAACUCUGCUGCGGAUUUUCCCACUUUUCCCGUCAGUCAAUACUCAAUUUUGAAAGGCUCAUUUUGCAAAAUCGCAUAGUCAUCCAGGAGCUGCCGAGGAUUUCCCAAUAACACGGAACCCAUUUUCAGCCAAAGCCCUGGGUGCUAAACGAUUUUCCAUUCGCAGCAUUUUUUUUCCUCUCUCUCGAUUUUCCAUCGGAGCGGCAAAAAAGAUCCCGCACUUGGAGACGCAAAGAUUGUCUUAAUAAAAUUCAUACGUUACGACGACUUGAAAAUCUCGGCCUGAAAUAUUAUUUCACCCCGGCUCGGUGCUGGUAAUAAUCUUAAAAGAUCUCGCCUGCAGUUUGUGCGGGGCUUCAAACUGCUCUGCUCUCUCGCUUGCUAAAGGAUGAGUCGAAUAUAAAUCUGGUAACACCUGCUAGCCUCAUAACACGGGGCGGAUAUUAAAGUGCACGCAUUUGUAGCUGUGCUACCGGCUGUCUGAUGCACCUCCGUGCUUUGCCCGCGAAAUUUAUUAAUUAAUUUCAAGUGCGCUCUUCUUGUAAUUAAUGAUCACCGGUGGCACGAUUUUCUCACCUGUUCAUGUCACGCAAAGAGAGAGUAAUGAUAUAAUAAAAUAAACCGUAUUUUCACUUAUUUGUUCACACUUAAAAUUUCAUGUUGAUGUUGCAAAUAAAUUUGAACCAAAUAACUGAAAAACUUGCCUUGACGUAGAGAAGUGUAUUU